AUUUUACUCGUUUAUGUCAUAGUGGCUGCAUCAAAGCGGGCCUAGGACGAGCGCAGACCAGCAAAACUCGACAUAGGAAACGCCGACCGCACGAUAAUCCCCCCCCCGCGCCCCUCCUGUCACCGCUACGCGAACCCAUCGCCGGCACUGCGCCGUCGCUUCCCCCACCAUCGCUCCGAACAUCCGUCCGACAACAUAACAAAACCCCACACAGUUGCACACAGUUGGCUACAAGUCUCGUACGCGUCACGUUGCGUUGGCAUCAACCCUAUUUUAUAAUAUACCUCUAUAUAUCUAUAUAUUUGGUGAAUUGGAUAAGUGUAUUUUUAAAUCCUAAUUAAUCGACAUGGCUGACCAACUGACCGAAGAGCAGAUCGCGGAAUUCAAGGAGGCGUUUUCGCUGUUCGACAAGGACGGCGAUGGCACCAUCACCACCAAAGAGUUGGGAACCGUGAUGAGGUCUUUGGGACAGAACCCCACGGAAGCCGAGCUCCAGGAUAUGAUCAACGAGGUGGACGCCGACG